AAUGACCUGGUACCGGUAGUCUGCCGCUAGAAUAACCUCGAAAACAUAAAAAAUGACUGACUCUUUUUAACCAACCCCCUUUCGUGCCUAAAACUUUAACACGAAAAUAACCGCGAAAAUCCCAAAGUGGUAAAAUCAUUUUGGCGCCGAAAAUAUAUUCGAUACAACACUAAAACCCUCCCAAAUCCCUUAUUCUCCUCUAUUUUUACCCCCUAAAAGUCCCUCCCUUUCUUUAUCUCUCUCUAAUUUUCUUCUCCUACUGGGUGAAGAUAAUCAGAUAUGGAGGCCAUGGAUAUAGACUCGGUAAAAGAUAAGAAGGUUCAACAAAUCCAAUCGGCCCUGGAUAACAUCUAUCGUUAAGUUGCUCCCUAACGACCUUGAUUCUUGUCUCCGGUCAGAUACUGUUUGUCGAAUGGUAACUGCGACUGGGUUUCCCGUUUCUACCCUGAUCAGCUCAGGUGAUCAAUUUGAAGAAUCUAAGCCCGUUAGAACCCAAGUGAAGGAGGAGCCUUUUUUGAAAGUGAAGGAAGAGCCUGAUUUGGGGAUUGAAAGCACUGUUUUGAUGAAAGAAAAUAAGGAGAUUAAACUGAAGAAAGAGCUUGAUUUAGGGAUUGAAAGCAAAGUUUUCAUGAAAGAAAAUAAAGAGAUUAAAGUAAAUGAAGAGCCUGGUUUGGGGUUUGAGAAUGAUGUCCCAGUGAUGGAAGAAAUGGCUUCGGAUAUCAGAGAGGAACCCAAAGCCAAGAAUGAAGAUUCAAAGUCAAGGAUGUCUUUUGUUGAAUUUCUUCAGUUAAUAAAUACUAAGGUUCAAUCUCUUGAUACUCUCAAAACCGGGAUAAAAAAAAGAGAUUGUUGAUUCUGUUUAUGCUGCUCUGGUCAAGGCCUCUGAAAUUGUAGAGAUGAAAUCAAAUAAUCAGAACCUUCCAUUAUUGAAAAAGGAACCUGAUUUUUAGUGUUCUAAAGGGUUGUAAAACCCGCUUGAUGUAAAGAAAUAAGCUUUUGAAGAGAGGAGAGUGAAAGAUGUUCUGGUGGAAGAUGGGGAUUUCACUGAAGAACUUGGUUGGUACUUGGUUGGAAGGACAAUAGUUAAUGCAGUUUCAACUUUCAACAACCAAAGGGAAGAACAAGUUGUUGGAUAAUGAGAUUGUUUACUUCACUUUCCCUUCUCCAGCAGCCAGUUGCAAGCUUUAAUUUAUUGUUCGCUUCUCAACGAAGCACUAAGGGGAGAUUGGUCGGCUUCCAAUGGAUUAGGCAAAAUGGGUAAAUCCCCUUGUAUAUUCUAACAAGGUUAAAGUUCUUGGUGGGUGUACAGCUGCUCCAACAACACUUAGUAGUAUGCAAGCAAUCAUGCUAUUUUUAAGCUUUUAGAUUCACACUUCUAUAGUUACAGAGGGUGAUAAGUCUUCCUGGAUGUUUGAUGCACCCUGGAACAUGGAGUCAAUGCUUAAUCCUCUGUUUAAUCUAUUUAAACACCUAAAAAUAAAACCAUAUCAGAAGGUAUUCUCCCAAUCCUCUGGUUUGGUGAAAGCCAAACUCUAGAUGAGGCUACUUGUUACUGUGGGCCUUGCUAUAACAUUAUUGUGGUUUUUCAUGUACUAUAUAUGCUGUUGUUUUUGGUGCUUCGCAUCAGGCUGACUUCACUUCAGAGGAACUGAAUUAUGGGAAGUUUAUUCUCCAUAUGGAAGUUCAAUGAAUUUGGGGUUGAUGGCUGGCCUGCAGCGAAGGAGUUGAUACCAAAGCUUGAUCUUGCUAAGAAACAUAUAUCUUCUCAACUCCAUAUGAAUUUGCCAGAUAUUGAAGUUAGACAAUUAGUUGCAACUGCCAUUGCCUUAAAGGGACUUGGUGCUAUUCUAUUUGUAUUUGGCCAUGGCUUUGGAGCCUUCCUCCUGUUUGUCUACUUGCUGGUUAGCACUCCUAUUCUCUAUGAUUUUUACAACUAUGGUCCCAAAGAGCCUCGGUACUCUGUUCUGCUCAGUGAUUUCUUGCAGAACUCGAUACCAAAGAGGCAACUAAAGAUGAAGGUCCCAAAGCCAAAAGCUGCUUAGAUAUAUUGAAAAAGGUAGAUGGUGAAGAUUGGAAAGUUCUUCAACGCUUCAUAUAGAAAUGAUGUCAAGUAGUUGCUGUGCAACACCAGAUAAUAAUUUGCAGAUCUAGUCAAAUACUGAUUGUUUCCAAAUUUUAGGAGUUGCUAAGUUUUUAUUGUUCUUUAUUCACUGAAACAUUUGAAAACUCGAUUCGUUUUCCCCUUGUUUAUUUUCUGUGACAAUAUGAUUUUGAGUUCAAAGUUUAGGGUUUUAAUGAAUUCUUCUAUUUGCUAGUUUAGACUCCAAAUGGCUUAUGAUAGAUUUUAUAGUGCUGGAAUCAUGCCUGCCCUUUAUGACAGCAAUACCUUCGGCACUCAUUAAUGUUUCAUGCAGCCAUUCAUGUAUGCAAUAAUGAAGAAAGAAAGAUUAUAAGUUCAGGAGAUAGGGCGCAUUCACAGAGGAUACGAAAAUAUCAGGAUCAUCGGUUUCAGUUUUGAUUAUUCUUUUCCAUUAUUGACCUUAGAUUAUGAUUUUUGCACCUUACCUUUAUUUACGUAUUGUUUCCACUUCCAGUCAUGA